CGAAGACGUUCCUUCGAAGAGAAAAUAACGGCUUUCAACUUUCUCUCUUGCUUUCCUCUCCAUUUGCGCCUUUCGUGCUCAGUUUCUCAGCAGCCAAGCAGAGAAAUUUCAUCUCCCAUCUCCUUCUCCAUCGGGCAGAAUGCGCGAUUCGCGAACCUGAUUCUGGUUAUUCUCCAUUCUUCUCUUUCUACUUACAAUUAGCUGAUUAGUUGUUUUUUUGAGUUGGAGUUUGGUAUUUGAAGUUAAAUUACUGAUCUGUUAAUGGCGAACUUGCAGGGAAGGAGAGAAGAGGACUGAAGAGAGACUGCGGUGUUUAUUUAUCUGACUGAGGAUUACGAUCCGAGCUAACAAUGAGGUCGAUGAUGAUAAUCAAAUUAGGGCUGCUGCUUUGUUUUAUUUCCGCGAAUUUGAUAACCCCUUCCCAAUCGGCCGUGUCGAGUGUAGAUCUAGGCUCAGAAUGGAUGAAAGUAGCGGUAGUGAACUUGAAACCGGGUCAGAGUCCGAUCGCCGUCGCCAUCAACGAGAUGUCCAAACGGAAGUCGCCGGCCUUAGUGUCGUUCCACUCGGGGACUCGUCUGCUCGCCGAGGAAGCUGCCGGAAUCACCGCUCGUUACCCUAACAAAGUGUUUUCGCAGCUGCGGGACAUGAUCGGGAAAUCGUAUAAGGAUGUGAAGGGUGUUUUGGAUUCAAUGUACCUGCCGUUCGAUGCAGUGGAGGAUUCCAGGGGCGCCGUUGGGUUCAAGGUGGACGACGGUCAAGUUUACUCCGUUGAGGAAUUAUUGGCCAUGGUUUUGGGCUACGCGUCGAAUUUGGCUGAGGUCCAUGCUAAGUUGCCUGUGAAAGAUGCUGUCAUUAGUGUGCCGCCGUAUUUUGGGCAGGCGGAGAGGAGAGGGUUGAUUCAAGCAGCUCAGUUGGCUGGGAUGAACGUUCUCACUCUGAUAAAUGAACACUCAGGUGCGGCAUUGCAGUAUGGGAUUGAUAAGGAUUUCUCAAAUGGGUCGAGAUAUGUGAUAUUCUAUGAUAUGGGUUCAAGUAGUACUUAUGCUGCACUUGUGUAUUAUUCGGCGUACAAUGCCAAGGAGUUUGGGAAGACUGUGUCAGUUAACCAGUUUCAGGUUAAGGAUGUUAGAUGGGAUUCAGCGCUUGGAGGUCAGAACAUGGAAAUGCGGUUGGUGGAGUAUUUUGCAGAUGAAUUCAAUAAGCAGGUUGGAAAUGGAGUUGAUGUGCGGAAGUCUCCCAAGGCAAUGGCCAAACUGAAGAAGCAAGUUAAGCGGACCAAGGAAAUAUUGAGUGCAAAUACAGCGGCUCCGAUUUCGGUUGAGUCUCUCUACGACGAUCGUGAUUUCAGGAGCUCAAUAACACGGGAGAAGUUCGAAGAGUUAUGUGGUGAUUUAUGGGAUAGAUCCCUUGUCCCCAUCAAAGAAGUAAUAAAGCAUUCUGGUCUCAAGCUGGAUGAGAUAUACGCUGUAGAGCUUAUUGGAGGUGCUACAAGAGUGCCAAAGUUACAGGCUAAGAUUCAGGAACUUCUUGGAAGAAGUGAGUUGGACAAGCAUUUGGAUGCGGAUGAAGCUAUAGUUCUUGGUGCAGCAUUGCAUGCUGCAAAUUUAAGUGAUGGUAUCAAAUUGAACCGUAAGCUAGGAAUGAUCGAUGGUUCUUCAUACGGAUUGGCUGUUCUACUGGAUGGCCCAGAUUUCAAAGAUAGGCAGUCACUGGUACCUAGAAUGAAAAAGGUCCCCAGUAAGAUGUUUAGAUCCAUUGUCCUUAACAAAGAUUUUGAAGUUUCACUUGAAUACGAGACUGAUGAACCCUUACCGCCCAGCAUCAGUUCACCAGUGUUUGCACAGUAUGCCGUGUCUGGUCUGACGGAGGCGAGUGAGAAGUAUUCGUCACGAAAUCUCUCCUCCCCCAUGAAGGCAAAUCUGCAUUUUUCACUCAGCAGGAGUGGGGUUCUCUCUUUGGACCGAGUAGAUGCUCUUGUGGAGAUAUCAGAGUGGGUGGAAGUCCCAAUAAAAAAGAAUCUCACCACUGAAACUAUCACGAACUCUUCAAGCAGUACCCCAGAGACAGGUACCAAUAACGGAGCUGCCGAGAAUACCACAACGAGCUCUGCGACUGAGAAUUCUUCAGAGGGAAGUAACGAAACGACGGGCAGUGACUCUAACUCAGAUGUCAAAGAACCAAGCACCACCGAGGUGGCUACGGAGAAGAAGCUUAAAAAACGAACAUUCAGGGUUCCACUGAAGAUCACUGAGAAGACAGCAGGUCCAGGAAAGCCCCUUUCAGAAGAAUCUCUGGCUGAAGCUAAAAGAAAGCUGGAAGAAUUGAACAAGAAAGAUGCAGAGCGACGAAGAACUGCUGAGUCGAAAAAUAACUUGGAAGGAUAUAUAUACUCAACAAAAGAAAAGCUUGAAACAGACGAGGAGUUUGAGAAGAUAUCGACAAGUGAAGAACGCCAGUCGUUCAUUGAAAAGCUUGACGAGGUUCAAGACUGGCUAUAUACUGAUGGUGAAGAUGCAACUGCCAGUGAGUUUGAGAAACGUAUGGAGUCCUUGAAAACCAUUGGUGACCCAAUAUUUUUCCGAUAUAAGGAGCUGUCAGAACGGCCAGAUGCAACCAAAUUUGCUAGGAAGUACCUCACUGAGCUGAAGCAGAUUGUAGAAGGUUGGGAGGCAAACAAACCUUGGCUCCCGAAGGAUAGAAUAACUGAGGUUCUGAAUGAUAGUGAAAAGUUGAAGAGUUGGCUUGAUGAGAAGGAGGCAGAGCAGAAGCAGACUUCUGCUUCUAGCAAACCGGCCUUCACAUCUGAAGAAGUGUACACCAAAGUAUUUAAGUUGCAGGACAAGGUUACCAGCAUCAACAAAAUCCCCAAGCCGAAACCCAAAGUCGAGAAGCCCAAGAAGAACGAGACAGAGGAGCCUAAGAAAGCCGAAACACAAGAAGAUCCCAAGAAGACCGAGACAACUGAAGAGCCUAAGACCACUUCAGAGGAAGCCACUGCCUCUGGUAGCUCAGCUAGUGAGAAGGAUACUGCAGAUUCUCAGGCACACGACGAGUUGUGAUUGAACCGAAAACCCGUUACCACCGCAAGUGAGGAACAAUGCCAUUCGUUAGCUGGUCUCCUGAGCCAAACUCAAAUCAACAGGAAGAACUAUCAUAGAGAAGGUAAUGCAUUUGCUGGAUGAUAUGAAUUGGAGAGCCUCAAAAGUUUCUUCAUCUUUAAGGUUCAUUGGUUCAGCGGUUUCGCGGUUUUCUGCUAGUUUCCACAGUAUAGCUGCCGGGUUUAGAUGCCCAGAAGGAACAGUAGGUCUGUGUCUGGGAUCUGGAAAUUUUGUUAAGGCCAGUUCUGGUUUAACAGUCUCAUUUUUGCUCUUCAUUGUAGGAAGAGACUAAUAUAUGUAAACAACGCAAAAAGAUAAGACAACUUUUUCCUGGGUAGUCUAGUAUUGAAGUUAUAUAUACUGCCAACUCUCCUUGGGCCCUUGUGUUGAGCCCAUUUUGAGCCCACUCUAUCGACUUUUUUUUUUAACAUAGUCCAAACUAGAUGAAAAUCUUGAAACAAAGUGAGAGUACAGAAAUUAACACGCGGCGGAAGUCGACUAAUCGUUGAACUUUCGAUGAAAAAGUGUUUUUGGUCACAAAAUGGACUGCUUUAUUAACUCGACGAGUAACAUGGUAGCAAGAACAAAAUUCAAGAAGCUUGGCCACCCUGCGAAUGUCGUCUAUGAUUGCUCCUCUGUGACAACAAAGACUCAUAGAGGCAUACUCGACGAGUAACAUGGUAUUAAGAACAAAACUCAAGAAGCCCGAUCAACCUGCAGAGUCUGUCUAUGAUUGCUCCUCCAGUGACAACAAAGACUCAUAGAGAGUAGAGACAUCCUAACCUGCUUAUACACCUUGGAGGUUGGGAAUGUGGAGGUAAAACUACUCAUUGAUUGAGCUCAUUCUCUGCACAGCAGAACAAGGCCGCCAAUAAGCCGACCUUUUUUAAAAUCUCUUUUAGGGUUUCAUCGUCCAAAUUUCGUUCUUAUUCAUCCACGUCGCCUCCCGCCUGCCUUCUUCUCGAGAAGGGUUGCUGCCUCCGUCGCCGCCCAAGUGUUGAGCCCAUUUUUAGGCCCACUCUAUCGAUUUCUUUCUUAGGCCCGUUUCAACUACUACUGCGAGCAGUGGCGGACCCAGAAAUUUUUCAUAGGGGUGUCCUCUUUUAAAAAAUAAAUUAAAUAAAAAUAAAAAUAAUUAAUAAAAAUAAAAUUGUAAAUAUGAAAAUACCUUACUCGUACAGGUUAAAAAAGUCCAUGAAGUGUUUUCAUAUUCGAAAAUAAUUGUAGAAUACACUUGGUGUCUAUAG